GAAUUGCAAUUUAUUAACCAAUAUACGCAAACAAAUUCACAGAACCAAGAACUGUGGAAAAAACCACACUAAUUACGGACACCAAACGCACCAUGAUGCGACAACAGUCAACGAGCAAACGGAAAAAAGUUGCUGGUUUGCAAUUGCGCUGCGCUUGGCAAGAUUGCCAAACGAUUUGUGAUGGCGAAUGGCAGCUAAAUAGCCACAUUGCCAUCCACCUGGAGGAGCACCACCAGCAGCAGCAGCAGGAGGAGCAGGAGGGUAAAUGUGAAUGCAUGUGGAAUGAUUGCAAUUUUAAUACCAAUUGCCGCAUCGAGUUCGAGAGGCAUUGCUAUUAUCAUGGCUAUUAUAUGAAUCUACUGCUCAGGGGCAAGUACGAAUGCGAACAGCAUCCGGAGAUACCAGCCUGCUAUGCGCCCGCCCGCAAGGGUGACAAGCUGCCCGAACUAAAGCAGAAUUUUCAAUGCGGCUGGAGCGAUUGUUUUCGCUCAUUCAUCUCCAUCGUCGAGUUCCAGGAUCACAUUGUGCAGCACGCCUCGUUCGAGUACGAGAUACAAAAGUCACCCGACGACGAACGACCCAAGACGCACUGCAACUGGAAUCUGUGCCACAAGCAGCUAGAGAAUAAAUAUCGCCUCAUCGAACACAUCAGCACGCAUUCGAACAAAAAGCAUGUCGCCUGCUUCCAUUGCGGCGAACUCUUUCGCACCAAGACGACGCUCUUUGAUCACCUGCGCCGGCAGCCGGACAACAAUACUCAAAAAUUCCAAUGCGAACAGUGCUUUAAAUUCUUUGCAACGGAGAAACUGUUGCGGGGCCAUGUGGUGCGGCAUGUGAAUUGCUACAAGUGCACCAUGUGCGACAUGACCUGCAGCUCGGCUAGCUCCUUGACGACGCACAUCCGUUAUCGCCAUCUCAAGGACAAGCCGUUCAAGUGCAGCGAAUGCGAUACGCGCUGCGUCCGCGAAUCCGAUCUGGCCAAGCACGUUCAAAUUGUCCACUCGAAGAUGGUACAUCAGUGCGAGCAUCCCGGCUGCCAGUACUCGGUGCGCACCUACACCCAAAUGCGUAGGCACUUUCUGGAGGUACACGGCAACAAUCCGAUCUUCUAUGCGUGCCACUGUUGCGAACGCUUCUUCAAGAGCGGCAACUCCCUGUCGGUGCAUUUGAUCAAGAAACACGGCUUCCGUUUGCCAUCCGGCCAUAAGCGUUUCACAUAUCGUGUGGAUGAGAAUGGAUUUUAUCGCUUGGAGAUGACGCGCAUCGAGAGUUUGGAGGUGACCCAACAGAUCCUUGCGCCGCAUAUCAAGAAUGAUGCGGAUACGGAUGCAAAAACGUUGACAGGCAGCUGCUAUGAGAUAGUUAAUCCACUCACUGGUAGCGAAUACGAACGCAUCAUCGUCUCCAAUGAUGCGAAUGAGGCACAUUUCAUCGGUGAGGUGACCAUCUCGCUGCCCAGCCUAAAUGAUGAUACCGACGACGAUCCCUGAUGAGAUCUAUCCGGCUGAAACUAUCCUCCUCAAUCGAAGCGACACAAAACGGCUGUGUUCACUAAAUGGUGCUGCCUAACAUCCUUAUUCGUAAUUCCAAAUGCUUUAUCCCUAAUCCUGACCCCUUAAUCUAUUUCCUGCUCUGCACCAUCAAGUAAAGUACUCAAUAGUUUUGUAAGCAUUCUGCAUUCUUCCAUGUGCACCACUUAAGAACUCCUCCGUUCCCCGGUUCCCAGCUCCAGCUGCAGUUAUUUACAAGUGCCAUACGCACACACACACACACAGACACACCUACUAUUAUAUGUGUGUGUGCAUUUAACGAGUGUGCACUGUAGUUGGAUGGUGCACUGUACCACACGACAAGCACAUCAAACUCGGAGUUGUAUCAAUUUUAAGAGCAUUACUUGCAGAAAUAAACCCAUUUCAUUUAAGUAUUAAGACAAAUUCUUAAGCAUUCGUAAAUGCAUCCAUCUUGUUCAAUAAAUCUAAACUAAGCCCAGAACAAUAACUAAAACCAGUCAAUCAUUUCGUUGCCUCAAAUUAAAUAACGCAG